AUGCUGAACCGCAUCUGCAGAUACGCGCUGAACAUUAAGGGCAUCCCAUACAAGACUGAAUGGCUCAGUUUCACGGAGGUCGAACCGAAGAUGAAGGAGCUAGGCAUCCUGCCAAACACGGGCUAUCUCAUGCACUACACCGUCCCGACCAUCUACGACCCGAACACGAAAAGGGUAGUCACCGAGUCCUUCGCCAUUGCGAAGUACCUUGAAGAGGCGUACCCGAACAUGCCGCGUCUCGUCGCGCCGGGAACCGCGGGUCUGCAGGCGGCUUAUGCGGAGAAGGUCGUCUACCCCCUGCUGCAAACCUCGUUCAAGAUUUUCUGCUUCCCUGUAUACCAAAAGUGCUGCAUGAGUGACGCGGACAGGAAGUACGUUCGCGAGACGCGCGAAAGAUGGCACGGUGGGAAAGCGCUGGAGGAUAUUGCACCGAAAGGGGAAGCGCUCACGGCGGCUUGCAAGGCCUUUGGGGUGCAGUUGGACGAAGUAGCCAAGCAUGUCGCCGCAAAUGGGCCUGGCGUCGUGUUCGUUGGGGGACAUGCACCGGCGCACGUUGACACCGCAGUCGCGGCUAUCUUGCGCUGCAUUCUCAAGAUAUUGGGGGAAGAUCAUGAGCUAUCAAAGACCAUCCUGGGCCACGAGUGGGCGGCGAAACAUCUUCAGGCGAUGGCAAAAUGGGAGUAG